AGGCCCGGACGGCGACGGCGGCGGUGGCGGCCGCCGGGCAUGAAGUCGGACGGCGACGCGAGAGGCGGCGGCGAUGAGCGACAUCGUAGAGAAGACGCUGACGGCGCUGCCGGGUCUGUUUCUGCAGAGCCAGACGGGCGGCGGGCCCGCGGCUGUCAAGGCGUCCUUCUCGUCGCGGCUGCGCGGCCUGGUCCGCAGCAUCACCGCGCUCACUUCUAAGCACGAAGAAGAGAAAUUAAUCCAGCAGGAAUUAAAUAGUUUGAAAGCAACUGUUUCUGCUCCUACUACAACACUGGAAAUGAUGAAAGAGUGCAUGGUAAGACUUAUAUAUUGUGAAAUGCUUGGAUAUGAUGCUUCCUUUGGCUACAUACAUGCAAUCAAAUUGGCCCAACAAGGAAACUUACUAGAAAAAAGAGUGGGAUACUUGGCUGUUUCUUUAUUUCUACAUGAAAGUCAUGAGCUGCUGCUGCUUCUUGUGAAUACAGUUGUAAAGGACCUGCAGAGUACUAACCUGUUAGAAGUGUGCAUGGCGCUCACUAUUGUCAGCCAGAUUUUCCCUCGAGAAAUGAUUCCAGCUGUUCUUCCGUUAAUCGAAGAUAAACUUCAACAUUCUAAGGAGAUUAUACGAAAAAAAGCUGUUCUAGCAUUAUACAAAUUCCAUCUCAUUGCCCCUAAUCAAGUACAACAUAUUCACGUGAAGUUUCGGAAAGCACUUUGUGACAGAGAUGUUGGGGUCAUGGCUGCUUCCUUGCACAUAUACUUUAGGAUGAUUAAGGAGAAUUCAUCUGGAUAUAAAGACUUGACUGGGAGUUUUGUAACGAUUUUGAAGCAAGUGGUGGGAGGAAAGCUCCCAGUAGAUUUCAAUUACCACAGUGUGCCGGCACCAUGGUUACAAAUUCAGCUCUUGAGAAUUCUUGGACUUCUAGGAAAAGAUGAUCAAAGGACAAGUGAAUUAAUGUAUGAUGUUCUUGAUGAAUCCUUACGAAGAGCUGAAUUAAACCACAAUGUCACAUAUGCUAUUCUGUUUGAAUGUGUGCAUACAGUCUAUUCUAUUUAUCCUAAGACGGAAUUACUUGAAAAGGCUGCCAAGUGCAUUGGAAAAUUUGUUCUGUCACCUAAAAUAAAUCUCAAAUAUUUAGGACUGAAGGCUCUUACCUAUGUUAUCCAACAGGAUCCUACUCUGGCUCUUCAACACCAGAUGACAAUAAUUGAAUGCUUAGACCAUCCUGAUCCCAUUAUUAAAAGAGAGACUCUGGAACUUCUUUACAGAAUUACAAAUGCACAGAAUGUUACAGUUAUUGUUCAGAAAAUGCUUGAGUAUUUACAUCAGAGCAAAGAAGAAUACAUCAUUGUUAAUUUGGUUGGCAAAAUAGCUGAGCUGGCUGAGAAAUAUGCCCCUGAUAAUGCGUGGUUUAUUCAGACAAUGAAUGCUGUGUUUUCAGUGGGAGGAGACGUAAUGCAUCCUGAUAUAUCCAAUAACUUCCUGAGACUGUUAGCUGAAGGUUUUGAUGAUGAAGCAGAAGAUCAACAACUAAGACUCUAUGCAGUUCAAUCUUACCUCACUUUGCUAGAUGUAGAAAAUGUAUUCUACCCACAGAGAUUCCUUCAAGUUAUGAGUUGGGUGUUAGGCGAGUAUUCCUACCUCUUAGAUAAGGAAAUGGUGGAGGAAGUUAUAACCAAACUCUACAGAUUACUUAUGAAUGACUCCAUUUCUUCGGAAACAAAAGCCUGGUUAAUUGCUGCUGUAACUAAAUUGACUUCCCAGACACAUUCUUCAAAUAUAGUUGAGAAAUUAAUCCAAGAAUUUACCACAUCUUUGGAUACCUGUAUGAGACAGCAUGCGUUUGAGUUAAAAUAUUUACAUGAGAACAUGGAACUCAUGAAGAGCCUGCUUCCAGUUGAUAAGAGUUGUGAAGACAUGAUGGUAGAUGCUUCUUUAUCUUUUCUGGAUGGUUUUGUGGCUGAAGGACUCAGUCAGGGAGCAGCACCUUACAAACCUCAUCAUCAACGCCAGCAAGAAAAGCUUUCUCAAGAGAAAGGUCUCAAUUUUGAACCCUACGGACUCUCAUUUUCCUCGUCUGGUUUCACUGGACGACAGUCUCCUGCCGGCAUUUCCCUUGGUUCAGAUGUGUCUACGAAUAGUGCUGAGACAGGGCUGAAAGAAACAAAUGGCUUGAAGCUGGAAGGUGUAAAAAAAUUGUGGGGAAAGGAGGGCUACCUUCCCAAAAAGGACCAUACAACUGGUGAUGAAACUGAAGUUCCACCUGCUCCUCAAGAGAACAUAGGAAUGGAGACUAUAGAUCAAACUCUAACGACAAAGGAUCACUCUCAGGUCCUUACCCAGUCUAAAGAGGAGAAAGAAAAGCAGCUGUUGGCAUCAUCCCUGUUUGUUGGACUAGGAUCGGAAAGUGCAGUCAACUUGUUGGGAAAAGCAGACACUGUCACUCACAAGUUCAGAAGGAAAUCAAAAGUCAAGGAAACCAGAAGUGAAGAAGCAAGCAGUCCUCAUAAUGUGACCUGUUCUUCCUUUAGUUCUUUGCCAAAUGCCGUGUAUGAAGAAGAUUAUGUGACUACUUUGCAGGAUGGAGGAGACAAAGAAUUAGAGAAGCUUGCUCUCAGCUCAGAACUUCUGGCUCCUGAGUCACUGACAGAGCUGCCCUUGGUUGAGAAACUUUCAGAUUGUAGCCUGUCUGCCCCUUCUUUGUUUGCGGAUAGCAAUAUGGAAGUCUUCCAGCCUUCUCCAUCUACCACAGCCUCGUUUGCCAAGGAAAUCUUUCUGGAGGCAUCUUUGCUGGGAGAAACUGCUGAAUGCUUGCAUUCAGAUCCUAUGGAGAUCUGUAAUAAUGAAAUCGUAUCAGUGUCUUCUAGCAAGAUUUGGAAAGAUGACUGUUUAUUGAUGGUCUGGUUAGUCACUAAUAAGAGUGAUUCAGAAUUGAAAAGUGCUAAUUUAGAAAUUUUUCCAGCAGAAAAUUUCAAGCUCACUGAACAGCCUGGAAGCUAUUUGCCUGCCGCAGCAGCAGAAAAUACCACAACCUUUCAAUAUAACGUGCAAAUGGAGAAACCUUUCACAGACGCACAUCUUUGUGGUUUUGUAAAUUAUCAAAUGAUGGAUACUGUUUGUGUUCAGUUGGAAUUUUCUGUGAACUUAUUACUAUUAGAUUUCAUUAGACCAUUAAAAAUCUCAACUGAAGACUUUGGCAAACUCUGGUUGUCCUUCGCAAAUGAUGUGAAGCAAAACGUGAAAAUGACAGAUUCUGAAGCUGGUCUGCCUUCUACCCUAAAAACUCUGCAACAGAAACUAAGACUUCAUGUUGUUGACAUUAUAGGCAAUGAAGGGCUAUUAGCCUGUCAGCUGCUCCCAUCCACCCCCUGCCUAGUGCAUUGCCGGUUGUAUGCUGAUGUGUUAGCCCUGUGGUUCAGGUCUUCCUGCCCUAGUCUUCCGGACUAUUUACUCUAUCAGUGUCAGAAGGUGAUAGAAGGAUCCUAGCAGAAGCUGCUUAAUUUUACUUUAUCAAGAUGAAUGGUUUACAUAAAUAAACUUACUUACCAAAGUAAAAAUAAUUCAUGGUACUUGUAAUGCAAAUGGGGAUUAUUACAGAUUAUGGUUUAUCGUUUUCUUUUUGAUUCUUGGUCAAGAGAGAUCCCCAAGAAACUGUAUCUCUAACCUUUUACUCAGGAUUGUACAGUAUGUUUGGGUCCCAAAAAAGUGACCUAAGCAUAUGUUAUAAACUGCUAAUGAUUUAUGUACCAUUUAGUGUAGAAGGACUGAAAAUAUUUAUUUUGUUAUAAAUAAUUUUAUAGCAAGUUUGCUCUAACACUAGCUAAUUUGUAGUAAUGCCAAGUUUCAGUUCUCAGCAUUAAUUGAGGGGAGACAUGAAAGUGAUACUUGUAAACCUAAUUUGUGUUUGAUUUUGGGAAUACAGUAUGGUUUUUGUAGCUAAGUCAGUACUUCCAAAUGUGUUUUCCUUAGAUCAAUGAAUUGAGUUAGCAUAUUAUGUGCUAACAGUUAUAGGAGAUCCAUGAGCAUGCUGGAUAUUGAGGAGAUCCCAAUCUGUGGUGUGUUUCUUUUUAUAGGUAACUUGUUAUGCAUAAUUCCAGAUAAUUUGGCUAUAAAAUUGAUCUGUUUUUCACUUGCUUUAUUUCAAAAUUUAAAAUAUGCUUUAUUUUAAAAACUCAGAGCAGUUUAUAAAAUAUUAUUGUAUAGAAA